AUGGAGAAAUAUUUAUACUCAAUUUUUGGUGAAGAGGCUUUUAUGAAUGAAGACUAUCGGAAAGGAAUCCUUGCUCAAUUGCAACCUCAAUGGCUUUUCGAUCAGAUUUUGAUUUCCUAUAAGAUAAAGGAGUUCUUAGAAAGAGGAGAAUCUCCAAGAAUCGGUCACGAAGUGGUGGUAAAAAAGCGAAUUGAUCGAGCAUUUUGGCCAUCACCAGAUGAGUUACAUAAAGUGGGCCUUCACCGUUUAAAAAAUCUUCAAACCUCAACUAGCAAAGCC